UCUAGUAGUCUAGUAGUGGUUAGUGGAGUAUUUUUUAGCUUAACCCACUCUCAAGAAAUUCUCAUCAACCCUUCAUUCCUCACUCAAUUUUUUCCCUAUAAAUUCUCAUCAACCCUUCUCAUUUCUCCAUCGAUCCAACUCAGUAAACAUCAGCUUUCUUUGCCUUUCUAUUCUCACAACCUCUCAUCAGAAUCCCUGAAAUUUCCUUCACACACUCCAGAAAAUGAGGACAGGUGGUACCUUCGGCACAACAACCACAGUGGCCACUGGAUCCACAGCCACGACAGCGUCAGCACCGAAGUCGGCGGCGGCCGGAGCGGGCCAGCACUCGCCAUGGCACUCUCCGGUGCCGUACCUCUUUGGGGGCUUGGCGGCCAUGUUGGGUCUUAUAGCUUUUGCUCUACUGAUUCUCGCCUGUUCCUACUGGAAGCUCUCUGGGCAGUUGGAGGGGGGAGAAGACGGUGAGAGGGAUGCAGAGAACAGGGAGGAGAAGGUCGGUGAAGCCAUCAAAAUUCCUACUCCGUUUGAAGAGAAGAUUUUGGUAAUCAUGGCUGGCCAUGAGAAUCCAACCUUCUUGGCGACACCCAUCUCGAGCAAGGCUUCUGCUUCUGCAUUCGUAGAUAAUAGAAAAAACAAGGAAGAUGACAACAGAAUCACCCCAGACAGAGAGAAAUCAGAGAACACUGAGAAAGCCAAGGCAAGUAACCAUGACCAGAACCAGGCAGAAAACAGAGAGACCCAAGAGCAGAGCCAGUGAGCUUUGUUCUAAUUUUUCUUUUCUAUCACAAAAAAAAAAAAAAAAAAAUGUCGAUGCUUGGUGCGGAAAGCUCGUAUUUCAGGUUUUGGGGUUGAUUUCUGAGUAUGAGCGGAGUGCUUAAAUGGAUGUGAGCUCCUCUUGGAGGAAGAGAAGGAGAUAUUAGAAUAGUAAAUUUUCAUUUUGUUUUUCUUUUUUUUCUCUUUUAUUGAACUCUUCCGGGAAUGUAAAUUUGUGAUGAGAAGAAUUGAUCGAUAGCUUACUUCAUAAA